CACUGUUAGAAUAAACCAGAGAAAAGCACCCAAAAGGACCUACAAUAUAACACAAAACCAAGCUUUCCAUUUCUACUUGUGUCUCUCCAAAUGAACAGAAUACUUCUGAGUGGAGAGGGACAAUAAAAAUGGAAGAUUUGUGGAAAGUAUUUCCAUUUCACCUGAGCUCUCCAGGCAUGUCUCCAGGCUCCUGGCUGGAGUGGAGCUGUGCGUAUUUACGCACGGUGAGAUGAGAAGGGUCUGCGAUGGUUUUGGGCUCUCUGGUAAGUAUGGGUGCCCACAUCCUGGAGUCCAACUCCAGUGGGAACUUGUCCGAGGCUGGGACCGUGCUGCCGGGCUACCUGGCGGUGAUCUCGUCGGUGCUGAUGGUGGCUCUGGUGGUCGUCGUGGUGGCUGGAAACGCACUGGUCAUCAUGGCUUUCAUUGUGGAUAAGACCCUGAGGAAUCAAAGCAACUACUUCUUUCUGAACCUUGCCAUAUCUGAUUUCCUUGUGGGUGCCUUCUGCAUCCCGGUGUACAUCCCGUACAACCUGACAGGCCGCUGGAUGCUGGGUAAAGGGCUCUGCAAGGUGUGGCUGGUUAUGGACUACCUGCUCUGCACCGCCUCAGUCUUCAACAUCGUCCUCAUUAGCUAUGACCGCUUCCUGUCAGUCACAAGAGCAGUUAAAUACAGAGCACAGCGAAACAUGACCCGGCAGGCUGUGUUCAAGAUGGUGGCGGUGUGGGUGCUGGCCUUCCUCCUCUACGGCCCCGCCAUCAUCUUCUGGGAGGCGGUCGUUGGCGAGAGCGUCGUCCCGGCUCACGAGUGCUUCGCCGAGUUCUACUUCACCUGGUACUUCCUGCUCAGCGCGUCAACCUUCGAGUUCUUCACCCCGUUUGUGUCCGUGGCAUUCUUCAACCUCAGCAUCUACCUGAACAUCCACCGCAGGACCAGGGACGGCGGCGCCUGCACCGAGGACGAGGUCAGGACGCAGCGGGUCAGCAAGAAGCACCGGGACGGAGCAGCCUGGUCCGUGUUUUUCGUGAAGACUCGGAAGGUGUCGUCCACCGAGCCCACCGCUAUCUCCCCGGUAAUCGAGGACAACGACGACAUCCUGUCUCCGUCCUCCUGCGUGGACGCCGACAACAGUCAGAUAUUCAUGCAGAGGGAGAAGUUCUCUCCAAACAGGAAGAACUCCAGGCUGUUCCAGCACUCGGCCUCCUGCAUGGCGCCCGGCCGAAGGACACAGGCGACCCGUCUCUCUCGAGACAAAAAGAUCGCCAAGUCUUUGGCCAUUAUCGUCUGUAUUUUUGGGAUUUGCUGGGCUCCUUACACUCUUCUGAUGAUCAUUCGCGCCGCCUGUAGCGGAGAGUGCGUGGCGAACUACUGGUACGAGAUCACGUUCUGGCUUCUGUGGCUGAACUCCGCCAUCAACCCGUUCCUUUACCCGCUGUGCCACAGCAGCUUCCGAAGGGCUUUCUCCAAGAUACUGUGUCCGAAAAGACAAUCAGUCCAGCCUCAGAUCGAGGCUCAGUCCUGUUAGAUGAACUCAAUUGCACUUCCAGGCUUUACGAAUACAGAAACUGUCGUCGGUCAAACACUGUAAAAAUAAAAAAUAAAGAAAUCCAUAUAUUCUGUUCUUCCAUCGAAAAAAGUCUGGUUUUCAAAAAUAAGGGAGAUGUUUGCGUUGAAGUGAGGAUGUACACAGCAUAUCUGACAGCAAUACAAUUCAACAUAAGCCCUAUUCACACAGGACUAAUGUUAACGCGGGAUAAAUACAGAGAAGUCUGUAUUUUUACUUGAAAUUACUGACAUUAUUCCCACGGAUAUAAUGUCAAGGCUUUGUGUAACAUCGCUUAUAUUAAAAACAUUAUACCAUAUGUUAUUUAUGUUGAAUAUUUAAAUAGAAUUAAAUUCGUUGCGAAUGGGUCUGCAUGCCGUGUAGCAAGAAGAUGCACCCAAAAUGCGGUCAAAACUGUCAUUUAUGAUUGCACAACACAGCCUUCAUAGUUCUCUACCUGGAAAGAGGUCAGAAAAGAAAAAAAUGUCAAACCCCAAAUCAGAAAAGAUGCAGAUUCACACGGGACUACUAUUAUUAUCAUAUGACCUCUGUGUUUGGACAAAAUAUGGCAGGUCAUUUGCAGUGGAAUUUUUACUCGACAAAUUACGGACAUCACACGAGAUUAAGAUCACAGAUGACCCACGCAAUUAUGACACCCAGGUAAUACUAGUCCUGUGCGAAUGGGGCUUUAGUCCUGAAACUUGUGGGGAAAAAGAGCUGCAGUUAUGAAAUUUACAGGCAAUGUCUUUAAGUAGGACAGGAAAGAGGGACGUGGUUUGAGCUUUCUCACCACUCAGUUCUCAAUGCUAUAAAAUGAUGACUUAAGCAGAUUGAAGGUGUUGGAGUUGUUAAAUUAUGGUCCGUCUGAUUGAAAGCACAUCGGAGAGGAGACAGCAGCGUCAGCCAACAUCCUGUUUCUCAGAGCCGCUGUGACGAGAAAACCUUUCAACUCCUGUUUAGAUCAAAUUGAGGAUUUGAGACUCUCUUUUAUGCUUUUUAUACAGUUUCAUAAUCUCUCUGCACACGAAAACUCUUUCAAAUAUGUCUCUGUUGGUGUAAAACAGAAAGGGUCUUUUGCAAAUUCGUGCUUUUCAUCAUGCAGCAAUAGGAUUACAAAUGUGGAGUCCGCAGAGUUCAAAUCAAGAAGAAGAGGAGAAUAACCUGUAUUUGUUUACUGUGUGAACUUUUACCGCAGUGAUGUUCAUUUUAUCUGAAAAGUGGGCUAUGAAGGCAGACGGGGGUGAAUCAGCUGUUAUCUGCCAACACUGAAUCUGCACUUAAUUUAAAUAAAAGGUGUUCUUGUCGAUGUUAAAAAUGUACAGCACUAGCAGCAUUAAACCUUUUGUACAUUAAUAUCUAUGCCAAGCUAGAUGGUUGUGUUCUUUAAUUGCGGUAUUUAUUUAAAGACUUGACUGGUUUUUACCACUGAAACUACUUGACUACUUUGUAUCUUGGCUAUGAAUGUGUUGGUGUAAGUAGCCAAAGAAGGAAUAAAGCUAAGACUGCCGACAGGCUUUC